CACGCCGACUUCAGCAAAGUGUUCCUCGCCGGAGACAGCGCCGGUGCGAACAUCACUCAUCACAUGACGAUGAGAGCUGCGAAGGAGAAACUGAGUCCCCAUUUGAGCGGUUCAGGAAUCUCGGGAAUCAUCUUGGUUCAUCCUUACUUCUGGUCUAAAACACCAGUCGACGACAAGGAUACGACGGAUGUAACGACGAGGUCCAGAUCGGAGACGCUCUGGAGGAUAGCGAGUCCUAAUAGCAAAGACGGAGUGGAUGAUCCGUUUAUCAACGUCGUUCAAGCAGAGUCGGUGGAUAUCUCCGGCUUGGGAUGCAGAAAGGUUUUGGUGAUGGUGGCAGAGUUAGAUUUGCUAGUGAGGCAAGAUUGGUGUUACGCGGCGAAGCUUGAGAGGAGUGGUUGGAAGGGAGAAGUGGAGGUGAUGGAGACUGAAGGAGAAAAACAUGUCUUUCAUUUGAAGAAUCCUGAUACUGAGAAAGCUCAUGAACUCGUGAAGAAGUUCGCAAGCUUUAUUAAG